GUUGGGAAUAUUUAUGGAGAUGAAUUUAAAAAGAUUGAUAUUGGUGAAUACAGAAAUGGUCGUAUGAGAGAUUUACUUAAUGAUAAUAAGGACUUAUUCGAGGAAUAUGCUUUAAAAGAUUCUCUAAUAACCCUUAAACACGCUAGUACAAUGGAAGAAUUUAAUCUAAGUGUUAAUAAGAUAGGGGUUCCUCUAACAUUAUCUGGUAUAGGAAGGUCUUAUGUGAUUAAAGAAUGAAAAUCCGAGUCUUAUAAAGGUUAUCAGGUACGUAGUGAUAUUGUGUUAGGUAAUUUAAUGAAUAGGAUAACAUCUAAAGAUGCUAGAGGUACACCUUUGUCAAAGUAUUUAAUAGGGUUUAUAGCAGGUUAUAGGGGAGGUCGUAAUGAGUCUAUGAUGUAUGGCGUGGAUGUUAUUAACGACGAAGAGGAGCGUUGUUGAUAUGAUUAUGAUUUAACAAGCGCAUAUACAACGGUAAUGUCUAUUCUAGGUCAUCCCGAUGUAAAUAAAUCAAAACGAAUCACUGAUAAGAACGUUAGAGAAUUAAAUGACGAAGAUUUGUUAUUAAAUUAUAUAGUUGUAGACGUAGAUUUCGAAUUUCCUAUAGACACUAAGUAUCCUUCCAUACCCUGUAGUGUUGAUAAUGACGUAGAUAUUUAUCCUCUAAAAGGAAGUAGUGUUAUUACGGGUUGUGAAUAUCUAGUAGCAAAAUCUAUGGGGUGUAUUCUAAAGGUAAACGAAGGUGUUUUAAUACCCUUUAAAUCAAAUAGCGAGAUUGAAAAAGAUGUUAAUAACAAAAAAGAUUUUGUAAUUAAUAAAGAUAAUGAUGAUAACUACGAGGACUGAAAAGCUUUGGUUAAGGAUGGUUUUAUCAGUGCUUCAAAGAUACCGCUAUCGCUAUUUUGUGAAGAUAAAGAAUUUAUUAUGAAUAGUGUUAUUAAACUUGAUGAAGAUGUUUCAGAGUUAAUAGAAGAAGAUGAUCUAUUAAAGACUUUGAACGAAAGGCGUUUAGAAAGAUUAAAGAUUAAAGAAUUAUCCACAGAAUCUUUGAAAAAUAAAGAAGAGACUAUCGAAGAAAAGGAGGAGUCUUUCGAAAAUAGUUUCAAAUAUGAAUUAAAUUACGAAGCUCCUUUUAGAAAGAUUGGUAAUUCUAUUUAUGGUCAGGUGUCAAUGGGACUUAGUGGUAAAAAGAGUUUUGACAUAAAGACAAAUACUUAUGUUAGGCGGGAAGGUGGUUUAUUAUCGAACCCAAUAUUAGCUAGUUAUAUAACUGGUUUUACAAGAGCUUUAAUAGGUGAAUGUCUACACAAUAUCCAUUUAUUAGGAGCUGAUGUAAAGGAUUUGGAAAAUAAGCUUUUAGCUAUGAAUAGUGAUAAUUUACAAUGUCUAUAUUUAUAUAAAGAUAUACGUAAAUUACUAACAACUUUUGAAGAGGAUGCUCCAGAUGACAAAGCUUUGGAAAUUAAGAAUAUAGAAACAAAGGGAAUUUUAUCAUGAAAAACUAGAGGUCAGUUCGGGUUUACUAAUGGAGGGAUUUCGGCAGCUACUGGUUUUCAGGCAAGGUUUUAUGAAAAAGAAUUUUUAAUAGAGGAAUUUUCUAAAAAUAUGUUUGAUAAAAAGGUCUUUGAUUUUGAAUUCGUUGAAAGUGGUUUACGUAGUGGAAGUGAUAUUUAUAAGUAUGGCGGUAAUAUGAUUUUCAAAUACAGGGAUAAAAAGUAUAGUAUAGAGUUUGAUAAUAAACGUUGUAUAACAGAAGACGGGAGUGUUAUUAAAGAAGGUGGGAGUGUUACUAUGUUGGAUUCCAUACCUUGAAAAACUGUUGACGAAUAUUCAAAAAUACGACGAUUAAAACAAACUGUUAAUACUCCUGUUUGAGUAGGAAAGAGUUUUCUUAGAACAGCUCCAAAAGUAUAUUUAUCUUAUAUAGAAACAGCGGUUCGAGGUUUUAUAAAGGCUAGUUUAGCUAUUGAAGAAGAAGAUAGAUACGGUAUUCCAAAGACUUUUUCAAAAAUUAUCAAUCCUUAAUAGAUUUUAUUUAUAAACACGCUCCUACAGCGGAUGUAAAAUUGACUUUGAAUAAUAUAAGUCAUCUAAAAAGGAGAAAAACUGUUUCGAGAGCAGUGCCCCGUACAAAAGAAAACGAGGCAUUUGUGGAUUAUAUACUAAAGACUAUAGGAAGUUUUGAAAAAGAUAGGUUUUUUAGAGAGUAUAGUAGCGAAAUGAUUAAGGAACGUAGAAGUAUUAAGACAAAGAAUAUAUAGUGAAGACUUUUCUUUAUAAUCUGAUAAUCUAAAAAUCAGAUUUUGGAAAUGUCCUCUAGGUAUCAAAACAGUCAUUUAGUGCAUAGGAUAGAAAAAAUCCCCAGAAAUUCGUUAAAAACUUGGGGACUUGGAAAUGUCCCUUUUUGUGUUUGUGUAAUCCUAUGCAUCUACUGGAAGCGGUCGAAAUUAUUUCCAGUACACAACUAGCUGUUAUAGCAGUUAUAUUAAUAGUGGUUAUUUAUUAAUUAUCAUAGAGUUUUAUUAGUUUUUAACUAAUAAAAGUUAGAAAUGAUUAAUAAAUAACAUAUCCAUUGGGCGGGUUUAGGGUGUUUGAUUUAUUUUAACUUAAUCGAACUAAAAGUCUAUUCGAUAGAUGAGGGUAUUUAAAUAAUAAAACGAUGUAUACAAAUAAACCUAUUGUAUGAAGUUAUUAUUAUUAUUUAAAUAAUGGAUACUAUUAAAGUUCGCCAUUUCUGUUAGAUUGCAGCUAUAAUGAAUAAAUAAUAAUAAUUAUUAGUCAAGUUACGAUAAUUUAUAAAAUAUCUUGGAAUUGGUAGAAAAUGUUCGAUUCAUAAAACUAUUAUCUAACGGCUUUGCGGGCCAACCUAGUUUUAGUAACCCAAUAGAUAUUUUAUAAUAGUACCAUCUAACAGAGCAAGUUCACCAAUUGAUUUUAAGUUAAUUACCAGUUAGAAAGAUAUGAUAAGGUUAUAUCUAAUUAGGGUAUUAAUUAAUUAUCGGAGUAUAAUUACGAAGGCUAUGAGAUGUAAGUAGCUGGGUUUAGUAUUACGUUAUUUAUAAGAAUUGAGUUACCUUACUAAUUUGGACUUGUUAAUCGGUGAACAAAAUAUUAAGAAUAAAUUAAAUAAGAAAGCAACAAGAAUAACAAAUACAAACAACGAAAAUAUAAAGUUUCUAAAAGAACUUCUGUAUUUAGAAAAUAAUCUUCUAAAAAUAAAGCAGGUUGAAAUAAAGAAUAUAG